AUGGAAGACACUCCCAGCAUGACCACUCCCAGCAGGGACUCAACCCUCACAUUCCGCGAAGUCACCGAAGAAAACUGGCGUGCGGUGGCAAACCUGAGUCCUAAAGACGGCCAGAUAGGAAACCUCGCCCCCAACACGCUUGUCGGUAUGCUCAUGAUGGCAAUAUGGGAUCCUGAUGAGGCGUACUACAUUUGGCGAUUCAUGAUUGAUGGCCGGUAUCAGGGUCUCGGGUACGGUCGCCGCGGCGUAGAAUUCGCGAUUGCACAUAUACGACAGCACAACCCUCAAGCAAAGCAGUUGGGGGUGAUGUCAACGCCACCGGAAGGGAAGAUGAGUGGAAAUCCGGCGAAGAAUGUGAAGCCUGAAGAUUCGCCAUAUAAGUUUUACCAGAAACUUGGGUUCAGGGAGACUGCGCCACCAGAUGAAGAUGGAGAGAUUAUGAUGUCAAUAGACUUGUAG